GAUUUUUCGUAUUAAGUUGGCAGCUUUAACCCUUUAGAUUUUCGGGUGAAGGGCUGGGAUUCUAGUCAUUCUAGAUAACAAAAUCAUCUUUUUAAGAUAAAAUUUUACAAAACCUUGAUACAAACACCUGAGGAAUCUACAAUUACCUGUUGAAACAUGGCUGUGGAAAGAGACAAGUGCGUUUUUUGCAGAAUAUUCGAUGGAAAGGAAAAGAACGACAUAUAUUUUCAAGAUGAGGAUUUUGUUGUAUUUGCCGACAUUAAGCCGGCAGCUAAGCACCAUCUAUUGAUUGUCACCAGAGAGCACAUUCCAAAUGCAAGGGCACUCACAAAGCCACAAAAGAAAAUAGCUCAGCGGCUAAUGGAGCUCGGAAGACAAAUGUUGCUUGAGAGAGGUGGAGACAUAACUGACGCCAGGUACGGGUACCACUGGCCACCUUUCAACUCAGUCGGUCACCUCCACCUGCACGCCAUUUCACCAGCCAGCAGCAUGACCUUCUUGCACAAGUCCAUCUUCAAAGAAAAUUCCUGGUGGUUUGUCUCACCAGAGUAUGUUGUCGAUCGACUUUCCGAAUAAGGUGCACCUGUAGAAGUUACGAGUGGGAAUGCUUUGUCCCCUCGCGUAGACGACACCAGUAGUGAGAAGCUCUCUAGAUACUUAAUCAAUCAAAACUAAAUGUUGCAUUCCGGUUAAAAUUCCGCAUAUUCCAAACUUAACCCCUCGAGAGCCAACGAAUUCAUCCACUAUGAUAAUCCUACGAGCAUGAGUGUUCAUUCGGGCAGACCUAGGCGGCUCGAAAAUGGCAUUAAAAUGUAAUCAAGCACAAAUACUAUAGUUGGGAAACUUUUCUACGCUUGGUAGUGUCGAAUUUUGAGACAAAACCUUUACAUGGUCUAGUUGAAGGCCUAGGGCCCCUAGAUCUGCCACAAAACUGCUUGAUAAUGAUAAGCUUUAAUCAUUGCUUAUUAUAAAAUAUAUAUCGUGUUAACUACCUUUGAUGUACAAUUCUCUUUAAACUUGUUGUUGAUGUUUUAGGUUAAAUAAAUUAUGUUGGAAUUAUUUUUGUUGUUAAGGUUUGAAGGUUUGCAACAACAAACUGGAUUUGUUGGUUGAUGCUAUGUUUUAUAAUAAAACUUAAUCAGACUUUCAUGAAGUCUCGUUACAAAAUAAAUGAAAAUAUACAAAAGUUCUUGCUGUGCAUCAUUGAACUGCAUGAUUUGAGUGCAAAAUUGUUUGCACUCGUAAACAAUAAACAUAAUA